AUGCACGGACUCAAAAAGCCGUGCGCCAUCAUGUCUUGUGCAGACAACUGCAUGGCUUAUCAAGUGCGAUUUCUUUUUCUUGUCCUUCUUCUUAUUCGCUAUCUACAUACCUCGUCUAACACAUCGCUGUUGAAAAGCAAUUCGAAGGGCUCGUCAUUUUUGUACAAUUCCCAAAGGCCCUCGAGAUGUAUCACCACCUGUUUUGCAAUCUGGGACUUGGACCACAGAAACAAGCACUCCAAACGCCGGACGAAAAACCGCCUGCAUGAUGCGUCAAGUGAUGCACUGGCGCCGAUCAUCAAUGCCCAAAUGGGGAAAAUCACCUUUUCGUUGCAAGGUUGGCUGAUGUCGUUUACCGCAGCCUUUACGAUGUCUUGCAAGUCGACCGCUCUCGUACCGGGGAAAAGCAUUUUGCGAAGCAAUAUGAUCGACGCGCGAAGAACCACUUUGGCAAUGUAG